AUGCUGGGAUGUGGAAAUGAAGCUUCCCUGGAAUGCGGGCAGAGCUUCAGUAAGAGUGGAAAUCUACGUUCACAUCAAAGGAUUCACACUGGAGAAAAACCCUAUAUAUGCCUGGAAUGCGGGCAGAGCUUCAGUAAGAGUGGAAGUCUAUGUUCACAUCAAAGGACUCACACUGGGGAGAAGCCCUAUAAAUGCCUGGAGUGUGGAAAGAGCUUUGCACAGAGUUCAGGUCUACGUUCACACCAAAGGACUCACACUGAAGAGAAACGCUAUACAUGCCUGGAGUGUGGAAAGAGCUUCGCUGAGAGUGGAAAUCUACGUUCACAUCAAAGGAUUCACACUGGGGAGAAACCCUAUAAAUGCCUGGAGUGUGGAAAGAGGUUCACUCAGAGUUCAGGUCUACGUUCACAUCAAAGGACUCACACUCGGGAGAAACCCUAUACAUGCCUGGAGUGUGGACAGAGCUUCAGAUGUAGUACAAAUCUAUAUUCACAUCAGUGGACUCACACUGGAGAGAAACACUAUACAUGCCUGGAGUGUAGACAGAGCUUCACAUAUAAUUCAGAUCUACAUUCACAUGAAAGGACUCACACUGUGGAGAAACCCUAUAGGUGCCUGGAGUGUGGAAAGAGUUUUGCGCGUAGUCCAUAUCUACGUAAACACCAAAGGACUCACACUGGGGAGAAACCGUAUAAAUGCCUGGAGUGUGGAAAGAGCUUCACAUAUGGUUCAGAUCUACAUUCCCAUCAAAGCACUCACACUGGGGAGAAACGCUAUACAUGCCAGGAGUGUGGAAAGAGUUUUGCAUAUAGUUCAACUCUACGUAGACACCAAAGGACUCACACUGGGGAGAAACCCUAUACAUGCCUGGAGUGCGGAAAGAGAUUCACUGAGAGUUCAGCUCUACGUAAACAUCAAAGGACUCACACUCGGGAGAAACCCUAUACAUGCCUGGAGUGUGGACAGAGCUUCAGAUGUAGUACAAAUCUAUAUUCACAUCAGUGGACUCACACUGGAGAGAAACACUAUACAUGCCUGGAGUGUGGACAGAGCUUCACAUAUAAUUCAGAUCUACGUUCACAUGAAAGGACUCACACUGGGGAGAAACCCUAUAGGUGCCUGGAGUGUGGAAAGAGUUUUGCGCGUAGUCCAUAUCUACGUAAACACCAAAGGACUCACACUGGGGAGAAACCAUAUAAAUGCCUGGAGUGCGGAAAGAGAUUCACUGAGAGUGGUCAACUCUACAUAGACAUCAAAGGACUCACACUGGGGAGAAACCCUAUACAUGCCUGGAGUGUGGAAAGAGGUUCACUCAGAGUUCAACUCUACGUAAACAUCAAAGGACUCACACGGGGGGAGAAACCGUAUAAAUGCCUGGAGUGCGGACAGAGCUUCACUCAAAGUUCAGGUCUCCACAAACAUCAAAGGAUUCACGGGGGACGGGGACUGUAUAAACACGGAGCAUGUGGAAAGAGUCUCUCUGAGAGUUCAAAUCUAUAGACAUAAAGUUCACAUUGGAGAGAACAGUGGUAUUUGACCCCAGAGAGACUCCCUAAAACAGAGCACGCCAAACUGUUCAUGUUGGUGGCACACUUUUUAGACAUGUAUCCUUUGGUGACACGAUAAUUCAGUUUGACUAGCCAACAAGGUUAAACCAUGGAUGGGCAAAAUUUUUGCCCCGUGGUCAUAUUGUAGGCCAGGUGAGAAGGAGGAGGCGGGCCUGGAAGAGAGUCACCCUCAGGCUGUCCUCCCAGCAGAAGGAUGGGGUGUAUAUAUUACACACACACACACACACACAUGC